UCCAACGUUGUGUUAGCGGUGCCCGUUUGUUCUCCUCAGUUUAGUGAAACAUUGCAUAUGUGUUUUUCCAUGGGGGCCUAAAAGUACGUGUCGCUCGUAACCUUUCAUUUCACGAACUGAAAAACAAGUGCAUACACGGUGGGACCACUUUGUGAUUAGCGAAAGUGACACUCGGGCACCAUGGAGGACGGUCACAUUAAAACGGUAGAUGAAGUUUUGAAAUACUUUGACGCUGAUCCAGAACGAGGGCUUACCCUGGAUCAGGUCAAAAAGAAUCAAGCAAAAUAUGGACCUAAUGAACUUCCAGCGGAAGAAGGAAAGUCCAUCUGGCAGUUAGUUUUAGAACAAUUCGAUGAUCUUCUAGUCAAGAUUUUAUUAUUAGCCGCUAUUAUUUCAUUUGUACUCGCUUUAUUUGAAGACCACGAUGGUGCAUUCACGGCCUUCGUAGAACCCUUCGUAAUUCUUUUAAUUCUCAUAGCGAAUGCGGUAGUAGGAGUAUGGCAGGAAAGGAACGCAGAAUCCGCCAUCGAAGCCCUGAAAGAAUACGAGCCCGAAAUGGGCAAGGUGAUCAGAGGCGACAAGUCGGGCGUACAGAAGAUCAGAGCGAAGGAAAUAGUGCCUGGGGAUAUCGUUGAGGUAUCCGUCGGUGACAAGAUCCCCGCCGACAUCCGCUUAGUGAAAAUUUUCUCGACGACGCUCCGCAUCGACCAGUCCAUCCUGACUGGAGAAUCCGUCUCGGUUAUCAAGCACACGGACGCCAUUCCCGACCCGAGGGCCGUCAACCAGGACAAGAAGAACAUCCUCUUCUCCGGUACCAAUGUUGCCGCCGGAAAAGCUCGUGGUAUCGUCAUCGGGACCGGUCUCAACACCGCCAUCGGUAAGAUCAGGACGGAGAUGUCGGAGACGGAGGAAAUCAAGACGCCUCUGCAACAGAAACUCGACGAGUUCGGCGAACAGCUGUCGAAGGUGAUUUCGGUGAUCUGCGUCGCUGUAUGGGCCAUCAACAUCGGGCAUUUCAACGAUCCCGCUCACGGCGGGUCUUGGAUCAAGGGUGCUGUCUACUACUUCAAAAUCGCCGUAGCUUUGGCCGUGGCCGCCAUCCCCGAAGGUCUUCCAGCCGUUAUCACCACCUGUCUCGCUCUGGGAACUCGUCGUAUGGCCAAGAAGAACGCCAUCGUCAGGUCGCUGCCCUCCGUAGAAACCCUGGGAUGCACCUCCGUCAUCUGUUCUGACAAAACCGGUACUUUAACCACCAACCAGAUGUCCGUCUCGCGCAUGUUCAUCUUCGACAAGGUCGAAGGCAACGACAGCAGCUUCCUUGAAUUCGAAAUCACCGGCUCUACAUACGAACCCAUCGGCGAGGUGUUCCUCAAAGGACAGAAAGUCAAGUGCAGCGAAUUCGACGGCCUGCAGGAACUCGGCACGAUUUGCGUGAUGUGUAACGAUUCCGCUAUCGACUUCAACGAGUUUAAACAGGCUUUCGAGAAGGUCGGCGAGGCUACGGAAACGGCUCUCGUCGUUCUGGCCGAGAAAAUGAACCCGUUCAGCGUCACCAAGACUGGAGAUCGUCGCCAGAUUGCUAUCUGCGUCAGGAACGAGAUUGAAUCCAAAUGGAAGAAGGAAUUCACACUGGAGUUCUCUAGAGACCGCAAAUCUAUGUCGUCCUACUGUAUUCCCACGAAGCCUUCUCGUAUCGGAAACGGACCUAAACUGUUUGUCAAGGGAGCGCCUGAGGGAGUGUUGGACAGGUGCACGCACGCCCGAGUGGGCACGCAGAAGGUUCCUCUUACCAGCGCCCUGAAAAAACGUAUCGUCGAGCUGACCGCGCAGUACGGUUGCGGACGAGACACCCUCCGUUGCUUGGCACUCGCUACGGCCGACAACCCCAUGAAGCCCGAAGAUAUGGACCUCGGCGACUCCACCAAGUUCUACACCUAUGAAGUCAACCUGACCUUCGUCGGCGUCGUCGGCAUGUUGGACCCUCCUCGUAAAGAAGUAUUCGAUUCGAUCGUGAGAUGUCGCGCUGCUGGAAUCAGGGUCAUCGUCAUCACCGGAGACAACAAGGCCACAGCCGAAGCUAUCUGCAGGCGUAUUGGCGUUUUUGGCGAGAACGAAGACACCACCGGAAAGUCUUACUCCGGCAGAGAAUUCGACGAUUUGCCCACGUCCGAGCAAAAAGCCGCUUGCGCACGCGCCAGGUUGUUCUCGCGUGUAGAGCCCGCCCACAAGUCCAAGAUUGUUGAGUACUUGCAGAGCAUGAACGAAAUUUCCGCUAUGACUGGUGACGGUGUUAACGACGCCCCCGCCCUAAAGAAAGCCGAAAUCGGUAUCGCCAUGGGUUCCGGAACCGCCGUAGCAAAAUCCGCCUCUGAGAUGGUUUUGGCCGACGACAACUUCUCCUCCAUCGUAGCCGCCGUCGAAGAAGGUCGCGCUAUCUACAACAACAUGAAGCAGUUCAUCCGAUACCUGAUCUCUUCAAACAUCGGCGAGGUCGUGUCCAUUUUCUUGACUGCCGCUCUCGGUCUUCCAGAAGCACUCAUCCCCGUCCAGUUGUUGUGGGUCAACCUGGUCACAGACGGUCUUCCAGCUACCGCCCUCGGUUUCAAUCCUCCCGACUUGGACAUCAUGAACAAGCCUCCUCGUAAAGCCGACGAAUCUCUCAUUUCGGGAUGGUUGUUCUUCAGGUAUCUCGCCAUCGGAGGAUAUGUGGGAGCGGCGACUGUUGGUGCUGCCGCCUGGUGGUUUAUGUAUUCCCCUCACGGACCCCAGAUGAACUACUAUCAAUUGACUCAUCACUUGCAGUGCAUUGGAGGCGGACCUGAUUUCAAAGGAAUCGAUUGCAAAGUUUUCGGCGAUCCCCAUCCAAUGACGAUGGCCCUGUCUGUACUCGUAACUAUUGAGAUGUUGAACGCUAUGAACAGCUUGUCAGAAAACCAGUCGCUGAUUGCUAUGCCCCCAUGGUCUAACUGGUGGCUCAUUGGAUCCAUGGCUCUAUCUUUCACCCUCCAUUUCGUCAUUCUUUAUGUUGAUGUACUUUCAGUUGUAUUCCAAGUGUGUCCGCUGACAGUCGAAGAGUGGAUGACAGUGAUGAAAUUUUCAAUUCCAGUAGUAUUACUCGACGAGACGUUGAAGUUCGUCGCCAGAAAAAUCGCAGACGUACCCAAAGUCAUAUGCCGAAUGUAAAUAGCUCGUCACGAAGACAUAUCGAGCCAUUUGGAGUGCCCCCUUCCCAAAAAUGUGGAUUUUCCAUUUUCGUCCGAAUCGAAUAACUUUCUAUUUCCUUCACUAACCUGAAUGUUGCAAUAACAGGCAUGCGAGUUGAUUUCAGUUUCCGUAAUUUUUUCGUUAACGCUUGUCAUUGUUCUGUUUCAGUUGGUGACGUAGUUGUUGAUAGAUGGUAACUGCAAGCGUCAGACUUCCUGCUUUUUUUUUAAUUACCUGUUAGGAUAAUCGUUGAAAAGACUCUGGCUAGCUUACGUCUACUCUUUUUCUACCUAACACGGAAAGCGUAGUUUUCCGAUCUUUUUCACGCUAUUAGAGUCGCAUAUUAUUUUUUUAUGACUUACCUAGCUGUAGCUGUUCACUCCGAUGGCUUUAUUUUAAGUUGCAAGUGUUGUUUUCUUUGUUAAAUUCACUAUUGUCUUCCUGUAGACCUGUGAUUUGGUUUAAAGGCGCAUUAGAUGACUAGUGAUAGAGAGUCUUAGUGGAAGUUUCGGCAGAUGUCGCUGUACCAGUCGAGAUUUGCAAGAAAUAACUCGACCAGCGAAAUUUCCCAGUCGUUUCGAAAAACAUUCAUAAUAGUUACUUGGGAUUUACGAAAUAUUCUACUAACUUUGACAUCAGCUGCUUAUCUACAAUUAAUUGACAAAAAGCCUAUCAGCGCCAUCUAUUUAAAAAAAAAAUGUUUUCGGACUCUUCCUCUUCUCUUUGACAGCCUUCAAAAAAUGAAGAUUAGUUAAGGUCCGACCAUGGAUCUAUCUAAGAAAUUUCGUUGGUCGCAGCUGUAUUUCAAUUGAAAAAUCUAAUUGACACUCGGAUUUUACCUUGAAAAAGUAAAUAAUCUGUCCAGUAAAGCACCGCUGUGAUAAGCAAAUAACGAAAUCAGGAUCCGACUGGCCACGAAUCUGCCGAACCCAGACUUGGAAUUGAUGAAAUGUACAUAAACAUAUAUUUAGGAUAAUUAAAAGAAUUGUUAUCACUUUGUGCCCGAUGCGGUACGAAGCUUUGAACGUUAUCUGGAGACCAGUGCUAACCGCAGUCAAGAGAGGGGGAUUUAGCCCCCUCCAUCCCCCCUGAGUGUUGUGUUUAUCGCCAAGUUAACAUUUGGUUAGUGUACUUCCUACAAUGCGUUUAAGUGGUCCCAUCAUUUCAUUCAUUUAGAGGUUAGGGCUGGUCUCAAUAAUUGGAGAAAAGGACUGCGGUUUUUUAAGCAGUCCUCGUUACACAUUGUAUAGUUCUACAUUGUAAUUUACAUCAGUUUUGUAAACAGGAUAUUUGUGUAAAUAAAGUGAUGGCUUUCUGGCUGUCUUAAGUUCUA